AUGCCCAUCUGCAUCGAGUGCCAGCACCCGGUGCAGACUCUCUGGACGCAGUACUCGGGUGCCGGCGACGGAUCCAGCGGACACAACAUCCGGCUGACGGUGUGCCGCAACUGCGGCCGGUUCUGCGACAAGUAUGUCGAGCAUGACUUUGUCGUCAUCUUCAUCGACCUCGUCCUCAUCAAGCCGCAGGUGUACCGCCACCUGCUGCACAACACGCUGAUGGGCGAUCUGGACAAGUUUGAUCCCUCGAUCAUCCGGCUCGGCGUCCUCCUCCUCCUCUUCGACGUCUACCUCACCUGGGCCCGCAUCGAGAAGCAGUCGAGCCCGACAGGCGGCCACGACGGCAGCAACACCACGGCCGCCCUCGCAACAUCGUCGUCUUCGUGUUCGUCUUCGUCCGCUCCAUCUUCCGCUGCCGCUGCUGCCUCCCUGCUCCGGGCCGAGGGCAGCUUCGGCCGGCUCGCCCAGCAGCCCAUCGUGCUGCAGUAUCUCUUCUUCCUCGGGCUCUGCUCGCUCUCGACGCUGGCCUUCCACCUGGCCAUCCGGUUCCUGGCAUCGUCCCCGCUGUCCCCGCUCGUGUUCUGCGGCCUGCUGCCCGCUUUUCCGCGCCCCAACUCCGUCUCGACCGCGCUGCUGGUCAGCUCCUCGACCAAGCUGUUCCCCAUCCUCAUGGUCAUCUGGGACUACGACGUGCCCGCCGCCGCCCGCUCGCUCGGCUGGGCCGUCGUCGUCAACAACAUCGAGGCCCUCAAGAUCCUGCUCGACUGCGGCACCGGCAUGGCCGCCGUGCUCGCCAUGGCCGGCGCCCUCAGCCGCUGGGCCAUUGGCCGCGCCGUGCUCUGGGCUGCUGGACUCGGCGCCGUCGACGGCGCCGGCGAGAGCAGCGUCGCCGAGGAUGGCCGCGCUCUGUGGGCUGUCGUGCUCAUGGUCAGGGACUGGGCUGGACGGCUCGCCGUUGGCUGA